UGUGUAAAAGUUUAACAAGCCCACAGUGUCCCAGAUAGACCGAGGACAUCAGCGUUAAAGAGAUUAAUUCUUCAUCCGUGAAGAACUGGACCUUGAAAUUAGCAUAUCGUUGCUAUGGUGACGGCGACACGCUAAUCCAAAGUGCUCCGCGAUGUUGACAUACAUUUAGAAAGUUUGUUUUUAAGUGGAGACUCUUCCCUGUAUGCCUAAAGACUUAAAAAGCAUUUUAGCAAAUUAACCUUGGUAGACUCAAGGGUAGGAGCAGGAGGGUUUCAGUCAACAUCUGUGGGGACGCCCACCGCCUCGUAACGGUCCCAGAUUUAUAGUGGGGACGUUACUGGCCGUUAAAACUCUGCGUCGAGGCUAGCAGGUUAACAAAACCAGCGGUGGUACCGUUGAAGUACGUGCUUGUAAAAUGACUGGUGAUUAAGUAUGGAGAGUCCUGGGAACAUUUGUGGGAGAGAAAAGAGGACACGCUUCUCAUAAGGUGUCAGAGAGAAAAUAAAUCUUGAGAAGAUGGUAAAAAAUAAAAACAUUGGAGGACGUCCUAAUCGCUCUUCCACAUGCAAGACAAAAAAGGCUGGCUCCCAGAUUGCAGGCAGCAGGGACCUGACACCUCCAGAUAAACCAGCCGACGAUGACAUCCCUGCUAGUUCUCUAGAGCUCCAGACCACCGGCCAAGGUCAGCUGGGUUUUCCAGACAGAGUCUACCUGCUGGCAUCAGUCAUCUUCCAGAACAACCACCUGGAGAAGCCUGCUGCCCACCGGUUGGUGAACUAUGGCAAAGAAAAAGGGCUUUCAUUACCUGAAGUAAAAGAUGUGGAGAUGCAACGUACAGCUUUUGAGCUGGCCUUUAAUACACUUAAAUAUCAAGAGCUGCUGGAGGACAUCAUGAUUGACAGCUGCUUUUACAUCACUCAGCCCAUGCCAGAUGAUCAGAUGAGCCUUGUUGCCGUCAUGCUGUAUGACUUCCAGGACAGGAAGUUUCUCCCACGGGAACGCCAGGGGGAGAAUGAGAUCGUUCAGGAAGUUAGAGAUGUGGAGAACUAUCUCCUCAAGUUUAAAACCAAGCUGGCAGCCUCUCUGGCCCGCUGCAGGAUCAAACAUGAUCUCUUGUCCAUUGAGUGUAUCCUGCCAGAGAGUGUGAAGACGAAGCAGGAGAGAUCAAGCAGCCUUCCACUCUACGCAUGGGUCAACACACAGAGGAGCAGCCUUGAUGAGGUCCAAAGUGUGCUGAAGAGUGCGGGCUUCUCGCAGGUGAAAUCGAUUGGGCAGCUGGAGGGCCAGACCUUCUGCCAGGAUCCCCACUGUGGGGAUAUGCUGGCAUUCCCUGCUCAGCUGAAAGCUCAGCUGUACACCACCAAGCUGCUUAGUGACCACAAACUCAUCAUCCAGGAUAAAUCUUGCAGUCUGGGCCCAAAUGCCAUCUGCUCCGUGCUACCAGAGGAUGGAGAUGUUCUUAUGGUGGGCUGCUUCUCUGGCCUGACGGUCUCCCACACGGCAUCCCUAAUUGCUGAGAAACACAAAGCCAAAGACAACCACCAGCCCACAAUCUACGUCUGUGUCAGUGAUCGUACAGACGCUCAGAGGGAGGAGCUGCAGCAGGCCAUCACUGCCAUGGGCUGCAAGAAUGUGAAGCUGAUACCAGAGGUCUUCCAGUCUUUGGAUGGCAGUGACAAGCGACUUCAGGAGGUGCGCGUUAUCUUGUUGACCCCAAAGUGUUCUGUGUCUGCAGUCAGCAACCCGGUCGAGUUCAUACUGCAAGAGAAUGGAGACACAGAACUGCUACAGGACUUAUCCCAGGGCUCCAUAGCCCAGAGCAAACUGGAAGCUCUUGUAGCUCAGCAGAGGAAGGAUAUUGAUCAGGCCUUGAAGUUCCCUAAGGUUUUAGCAGUGGUGUACUCUACCUGUUCGUCAUACCAAGAGGAGAAUGAGAAGGUGGUGAGCAGAGCCCUGGAGCAAGCCAAGACACGCUCAGAGCAGGAGGGGGAACCAAGACAGGCAAACUUCAGGCUCAGUCCAUCCCCGUUCAGCAUUCCUGACCAUGCCGAGGGUCUAGAAGAAACAGAGCACUUCUUCAUGUUAGAGCCCUCAGAACAGAGCAAUGGAUGUUUCCUGGCUGUUCUUAGCAGAGAGCCUGAGCCAGAGGUCAAAGAAGCACCACAUGAAGUGCUUCUCAGGGCAAAUGCUAAAGGCAUACUGGACAGAAUCGGCUCCAACAAGCCAACCAGAAAAGUGCAUCGUGGAAACACCAACAGGACGACAAAAACAACCAAUGCUCGCAACUCUCAGCCCCACCUCUCUGCCAGCACUCAAUCCAAAAACCAAGAGACCAGGGGCAGCAACAGCACUUCUCUGUGUGGACAUCAAGAAUUUACUAACAGGCGGCAGUCAAUCCAAGUUCCUUUGGGAAGAGCCCAAGCACUGCGCCUGCACACCUCAAAGAACUCUGCAUUCAGCUCCGUCUCUUCCCCCAAACCAGAAAACAGCGUACCCAAGAAAAGCAUCACCCCUGUAUUAAAGACUACAACUUCCACCACCAGUCUGCAUCCCGCCACUCCUCCUUCUACCCCGCUGGCCCCAGUUGUCCGCCCCCGCAGAGCCCCUCAGGAGGUGCUGAAGCCUGUGGUGCUGAAGCCUGUGGUGCUCUCCCUGCCUCCUGUCCACUUCCCCAACUUCUUCCCACCUCAGCACAGCCGCAGCUUCAACUACAGCAGAUGGCGACCCCCAGGUCAAAGCGGGCCACUCUCCCGCUCCAGUAGCGAUCUCUCCAAGGCUUUGGUCAACUCCCGGGCUAUGUUUUAAGCUUACAAAUGCCAACACAAAUAUAAAAGACGCAUUAACGUUCUUUGCCAAAAUCUUUUUGAAAUAAAGCCAGUAGUAUCUAAAUCUAACCUGAGAAUGUGUACAUUGUUAUCGAUCUGCCAAUUUCACUUCAUAGAGCA